AUGACAGUGGCCGUGAAGCAAAAAGAGGUUUUCAAUAGGGAAAGUCAGGGUCAUGAUAUCACCGUCAACUCUUCGAUUCCAUCUCCAAAAGAUCAACUGCAAGCAUUAUGUAUGCGCUGUCUUAAAGAUCUUGAUCUUUCUAGAAAUUUAAAAUUCCCCUUUAUUGAACUUGUUAAGCUGAUUAGCUACUUCCCUUCUCUCGAGACGCUACAGGUGAGUGAUUCACCGAUGCUUCUUUCGACAGCACAAGAUCUCACUUUGACUGCGUCACGCACAAUAUCUGAGCUUACCCUUACCUCAACCAGAAUCACCAAACUAGUCUUUAACAAUACAGGAUUUAAGUCUGUAUGCACCCUCCGUGUUUUGGUAGAGCUUCCAGCUUUAGAGGAGCUUCAUUUAGAUAGCAACAAUAUUGGAUCGUUUCGGCUGUUCUUAUCGAACGAAGAGGAGGCCAUGUUCCGUGCUAGUUUACCGUCAAAUCACGAUGACGCAGUUUUGUUAUCGUCGCUGUGCUUUUCAAAAGUAACAACCCUUAGUCUAGCGCACAACAAGCUCCAUUCCUGGGCCGCUGAGGAUCUCGGUGAGACACUCAUGUCAGCCUUUCCUGUGCUCACACAUCUCUAUCUUGAUGACAACCAGAUGCCAGAUGUAAUUCUGGAGCAGGAGGUACUGAGGCAGCACAAGGAGGACGCAAUUUUACAAACUCUUCAAACAUAUCAUUCAGAUACCCUCGCUGGGUACACUUUCCUAAAGCCACUCAGAUUUCUUUGCCUGAAGGACAAUCCUACACUCAUCGACUCGCGCACUAUCGAUGCAGUACGCAUCCUUUGCCCGUGUCUAGAAGCAUUUCGAAUCACUUAUAGCACUCUAUUUCCGCAGUGGAACGACACAUUGAGCCGUAUGUACGUCGUAGCAUCGCUGCCCACUAUUGAGCUUCUUAACAGAGGCCAGGUACGACCUAAGGAGCGUCUAGAUUCAGAAAUCUUUUAUAUUCAACGUGGGAUGUCAAAGCAAGAGCCUGGACACCAUGAUAAAUGUAAAGUUGAAAAUGGACUAGUUGGUGUAGAAGUUGAUACCGCGGCGCAACUUUCCGCGAUAAAACAACCUGAUUAUUACAUUCUAGAUACUUUGUUUGAGAAGCACAAGGAUGUGGUACUGUCCAUUUACAGAGAGGAUACCACUGCCAGCACAGAUGGAAGUUCACAUAUCAUGUUGAACGUUACAUUACAUUGCGAAAAUAACUUUAAACCCAUUGGCAGUAACCGUGAAAACAUGAAUAUCUUUAACACAGUGAAGAAGACAUUGCCAAGUAAUAUCAUGAUCGCAAAGCUAAAGUCACUUAUUAGAAUUGUGUUUCAGAUCGAACCGACAAACCAAGCGCUAAGCUUCCGAAGUGGGGACACGGAAGUGCUGGAUAUGGCGAUCGCUAUGGAUAACGAACAACAGACAUUGGCAUAUUAUGGUGUAUCAGAUGGCGCAAGAAUCAUGGUUCGAGAUACAUCAUUACGCUAG